CCGACCAGACACGGCUGAAGACAAGAAGAUGAGUGCAUCAGAAACAGAAGCUUCGGAGUACCAUUCCAAAGACUUCAACUGGGAAACUCUGAGACAAGAAAUAGAAAACGACCCUUCUCUUAACUACCAUCUUCUCCCUUUCCCUUCUCCACAACAAGAAGAACACCAUUCAAGAGAUUCACUUAAAGCAUGGCAAAAGUUUCACAUUCAACACUCUUCUGGCAAGUUCUUCAAGGAAAGAAGGUACUUGUUGAAAGAAUUUCCGGAGCUGGUUUCUUGUGAAGAUGGUUGUAAGGUUUUGGAGGUUGGGUGUGGAAAUGGUAGUACUGCCCUUCCUAUAUUGCGGGGCAAUGAGAAAAUUAUUCUAUACGCAUGUGACUGUAGCAAUGAGACCCUGGAGAGGGCUAAAGAGUUUGUAGCUGCCAGUAAUGUAAUUUCAGUUGAGCAUCGUUUCCACCCAUUCUAUUGUGAUUUUGCGACAACUGGAUUCCCAAAGUGCUUGGCAUGUGAUUAUUGCAGAGAAAUGUUUGCACUCAAGGGUCAAAAUUACCUUUCAGAUAUUAGAGAAAAAAGAACCCAUGAAACUGAUAUAUGUUGUGUUGGUGGUGUGGACUUUAUUACCUUGAUAUUCACACUAUCAGCAGUACCACUUCAAACAAUGCCAACAGCCAUCAGAGAGUGCUUUUCUGUCUUAAAACCUGGUGGCCUGCUCUUAUUUAGGGACUAUGGUCUCUAUGAUAUGACAAUGCUGCGUUUCAAACCAGAACAAAGAGUUAGAUUCAGGGAAUACAUGAGAUCAGAUGGCACUCGUUCUUACUUUUUCUGUCCGGAUACUGUCAGAAAUCUCUUCAUUUGUGCUGGCUUCAUUGAGCUUGAGAUUGAAUAUUGUUGCGUCAAGUCAGUGAAUCGCCGAAAUGGGAAGAGCAUGCAAAGAGUAUGGGUACAUGGUAAGUUCCAGAAGCCCACAUGCAUUUAUCGGCCAGGCUCUUCUUGAGAAUAUCGACAAACUAACUUACCUAUGCAAGUUUUGCAUUCCUUUUGAUUCUUGGAACAAGCUGCAGGAAAUUGCUGAGGGACCUUGCUUAUCCCUGUGUGUGCCUGUUUCGGCUUCCAAUUUCAUGUAGAGGACAUCGUACAAUGAAUAAAAAUUGAGAUUCAACAGUCACUUUUCCCAUAAGUCAUCCUUAAUCUCUUUUGUGACAGCUGACCCUGCAAAUGGUGACAUUCAAUCAGAUCGUGGAGAACACAAGAUGAAGUUAUUUGAACCUUCAGAGUAUCAUAGAACUCAUACUACUUCUAACAGUUAAUUCAUAUGCCAAAUAUUACAAGGCCUCAGUCAAGCCAAAAUCAAUUUUAGGGCCUUGGACACUUGUUAAUUGAAUUUUUAUAUCUGGAGUGUCAUAUCAAUAACUGCAACCUAGCAUAUGAGAAUUCCUCUUGAAUCUCUGUCAAUACAGGAGAGAUGUGUCAAUGCUAUAUUUAGUUGUUCAUUGAGCUUUUGGACAUUGGUCUCUUCUCUUGUGUAUGCAUUUCUUCCAUUCAUAUGCAGUGUACUGCAUAGGCACAUGCUAUCAUUCCGCUAUGCAGAUACAUUUCUAUGUGAAUGCAGAAUUGAUUUUAGCUCA